UCACAACUUCACAAGACAGAAACGUCAUCGGAAGCCGCAUUCUCUUUCAUGGAAGUUUGGUUUUUGUUUUGUUGCGUUUAAUUAUUAAUAUUUUAAUGAUACUAUAAAAAGGUAUAUACGGUAAAAUGCGCAUAACAAACGUAAGACGCGGUAGAAUUAUUCGUAUGACCGCGAUUGGUGCGAUCCUUUUAAUUUUAUUGUAUGCUGUGCAUUCUUAUUCGUAUGUAAGUGUCGACGUUGAUUCUAACGAUAUUGUAAUAUCGGAUGCUCAGCCGAAUUAUCAAAAGUUCCAUAGAGAUGUAUAUCCAACGUUAAAAACCGAACUUGGCAACUUUGAACCAAAAACAAAAUGGACUGUGAAAGGGCCAGGAGAAGAGGGCAUGCCGUAUCACAUGUCACAAGAUCGUGCCAAUGAUAUUGCAGAAUCUGAAAGUGAAUAUGGCAUGAAUAUAGCAGCCUCUGAUGAUAUUGCAAUGAACCGGUCCAUACCAGACACGCGACUAGACGAGUGCAAGUAUUGGCAUUAUGCCUACGACUUACCCACCACGUCUGUUAUCAUAGUGUUUCAUAACGAGGGCUUCACCGUCCUCAUGCGCACAGUUCACACUGUGAUCGAGCGAUCACCGCCGCACGUAUUACAUGAAGUUGUUCUGGUAGACGACUUCUCCGACAAGGACAAUCUCAAAGAAAAUCUAGAUAAUUAUAUAAAAAGAUGGCAUGGUAAAGUUCGACUCAUUAGAAAUACUCGGCGAGAGGGUCUUAUUCGUACCCGAUCCAGAGGCGCCAAAGAGGCAACCGGUGACGUCAUUGUAUUCCUAGAUGCCCAUUGUGAAGUUAAUGUAAAUUGGUUGCCCCCUCUUCUCGCUCCAAUUUAUAGAGAUUAUAGAAUUAUGACAGUUCCAGUAAUUGAUGGCAUUGAUCACAGAACAUUCGAAUAUAGACCUGUUUACCAGCAUGGGACAAAUUACAGGGGGAUUUUUGAAUGGGGAAUGCUCUAUAAAGAGAACGAAGUUCCAGACAGAGAAGCAAAUUUGCACAAACAUAAAUCCGAACCCUAUAAAAGUCCAACGCAUGCUGGUGGUCUUUUUGCUAUUAAUAGACGAUACUUCUUGGAGAUCGGUGCAUACGACCCAGGACUUUUGGUUUGGGGUGGAGAAAACUUCGAAUUGAGUUUUAAAAUUUGGCAAUGUGGCGGAAGUAUAGAAUGGGUACCGUGUUCCAGAGUAGGUCAUGUCUAUCGCGCGUUCAUGCCAUACUCGUUUGGAGAUUUGGCGAAAAACCGCAAGGGAUCCCUAAUAACUAUUAACUACAAAAGGGUUAUAGAGACAUGGUUCGAUGAAGAACAUAAAGAAUACUUUUACACGAGAGAACCCAUGGCUAGGUUCUUGGAUAUGGGAGACAUAAGUGCACAGGUGGCAUUGAAAGAAAAAUUAAAAUGCAAAGACUUCGGAUGGUUUAUGGAAAAUGUGGCGUACGAUGUUUAUGAUAAAUUUCCUAAACUGCCUAAAAAUGUUCAUUGGGGCAUGGUUAGAAAUAAAGCAGCUGAUCUUUGCAUGGAUACCAUGGGAAAAGCAGCUCCAGCAUAUAUUGGCACUACAACCUGUCAUGGAGCGGGCAACAAUCAACUAUUUAGACUGAAUGAGGCAGGACAACUUGGUGUAGGAGAGAGGUGCGUUGAAGCAGAUAAGGAGAGCGUCAAACAGGCAAUCUGCAGGCUUGGCACUGUCGAUGGCCCAUGGAGGUACGACGAAAAUCACAACCAAUUAAUACAUCGUCUCCACAGUUAUUGCCUUACAUUACAACCUAACUCAAGAACACUAGGCUUAGCUCCAUGCGACCCUAACAACACAUUCCAACAAUGGACGAUCACACAUAAAAAGCCUAAUUGGUGAAUAUGUUUCGUUUUUAUAUAAAAAAAAAAUAUUAUAAUGUGGUGAUUCUCGAAGUAAUGAUUGAUAUAUUUUUUUCAAACAACAGCUAGUUAUUUAUUACCUAAAAAAUUUGUAAUCAUCAAUCAGAAAGUUAAAAAAAAACUAAAUUUAAAAAUUCAUCAGUAACAAAAAAUGUCUUAAGAAAAUACUGCCUUUAGUAAUAACAACAAUAAUAUUAGUGUACUUAUAAAUAUAUAUCCAGUCAACAUUUCUAUAGAAUGGAGUAAAUUAGGAAGUAAACAUUUAAAGUCUAUGACAAAAAACAGCACUUUAUUAAAACUUUUUCUCCCAGGGAUACUAAAAUAAGUAAUUAAUACUGACAGAUAUUGAUUUCUAAAGAACUAAAUCGUUUGCCACAGAAAACGUAAGAAAAUGGUGGUAUUUGUUUAUGAUUUAAAAACAUUAGACUUAUUUAUAAAUUUUGUUAACUGGGUGUUCAAUUUAACAUAGGUUAGAUUACAUUUUGUCACAAACAUAGCAAAUGUUUCCUUUUAAUGGAAAUAACCUACGACGGAAAGUAGAUCCAAAACGUCAGUUAUAAAAUGGUAUACAACAAUGUGUUUUCAUCAGUGUGGAAGCAUUAAAAACGUCAUGAAAUAUAACAUAUUAUGUUAAUAAAUGUCAAAGAGUUAGUCAAUGUUAAACGAUUGUUUAAAACAUUACAUGCAGGCUACAUUCUUUUUUUGAAAAUCAUACAUAAGAAUUUGUACAAAUUUUAUUGAAAUGAGUAAUAAGAAGUGUAUUUGUAUUACUAUUUUAUUCAACAUUAUUUAAUAUUACUUUAACCUAGACUAUU